AUGGUGUUGGUUCUAUCUCCCUAUGCCACCCCCCAUUUGGAUCCUGGAAUAGGGGAAAGGCUAUGGUAUUCAGUUCAGUACCGUAGUCCAGGUAACAAAGACUCAAUUAGUGUUGGGAAAGGCUAUGGUAUUCAGUUCAGUACCGUAGUCCAGGUAACAAAGACUCAAUUAGUGUUGGGAAAGGCUAUGGUAUUCAGUUCAGUACCGUAG